AUGCCUGCAAAGCGCAAGUCUGAUGAGAGACCAGGCCCGUCUGGCUCGAACAAUUCGAAGAAAAAGACCUCCCCAGUUUAUCCAAAGCAUCGCUCGCUUCGAUCCUUCUUCAACAAAAAGCAGAAUCCCACUGCAAAUACAAGCAGUGCCAUCGAGAAAUCGUCCCACCUCCCUCAUGCGUCUCCACGACUUUUCUCACAGAGUUUCCCCUCUUCUGGGGCACAAGUGGUGUCCAAUGAAACUGCGGAAUUGGCUUCGCGUGACGAUGGAAUCCCCAUUGCCCAAGCUGGUAGCAGCUCAUUUGCCCAGAACUCUACAUUGGUGACCCGUCCCAAGACGGUUUCUCAUCAAGCUGGUCUUGAAUUCCAUACGGCAAGUCUCAAAGAUGAUGGCAACGUUGUCGAGACAGCCAAUCCAUGGGAGGACCAUGCACCUCGCGAGGAGAUUGCAUCGACUUCGACUCGAACAAUCCAAGGAGGAUGGUGA